UUUAGCAAAGCAGUGCUGGUCUUGGAGGUGUGUUUGGGGUCAUUAUCAUGUUGGAUUACUGCCCUGUGGUCCAGUCUCUGAAGGGAAGUAUAUCACAGUACAUGUUGAUCUCAUCGGACCACAAGACCUGGUUCCAGUAAUCCAUGUUCUUAGUCUGCUUGUCUUCAGCAGACUGUUUGCUUUCUUGUGCUUCAUUUUUAGGAGAGACUUCCUUCUUGGAUUACUGCCAUGCAGACCAAAUUUAUACAGUGUGCGGCAUAUGGUCUGAGCACUGACAGGCUUCCCCCACCCCUUCAACCUCUGCAGCAAUGCUGGCACCACUCAUACCUGUAUUUCCCAAAGACAAUGGAUAUUAUGCUGGGCAUGUGCACUUAACUUCUUUGGUCAACCAUUGCAAGCCUGUUGGCCAGCAGGGGUCUUUUCUGAGAUGCUCACUCACCAUCUAUUAAUAACCAGCGCAGUGUCAGGUUUUCCAGUGACUUCCAAAGAGGGGACAGCAAACAAGAUCCCCCCACCCCCCAUCGCAUGUCACCCUCGACGCCAUAUUCUCUCUGUCUAGGGGUCAAAAGUUUCAACCCCACUUAUCCCCCGUGGACCUCUAUAAUUCUUUCUAGACUGGCUUUAGUGCUGCUGUCACCAUGACCAAUGUCACCUAUCAUAUCUCCAGCCUGUUGGAGAAGAUGACAUCCAGUGACAAGGACUUCAGGUUCAUGGCUACAAAUGAUUUGAUGGUUGAGCUACAGAAGGACUCCAUCAAGUUAGAUGAGGACAGCGAGCGGAGGGUGGUCAAGAUGCUUCUGAAGCUGCUGGAGGACAAGAAUGGAGAAGUGCAGAACUUAGCAGUGAAGUGCCUUGGUCCUUUGGUGGGAAAAGUGAAAGAGCAUCAGGUGGAGACAAUUGUGGACACUCUUUGUAGUAACAUGCUUUCAGAGAAAGAACAGCUGAGAGAUAUCUGCAGCAUCGGGCUAAAGACUGUCAUAUCAGAACUUCCUGCAGCAAGCACAGGCUCCUCCUUAGCUGCCAAUGUGUGCAGAAAGAUCACAGGACAACUGACUGGGGCUAUAGGAAAACAGGAUGACGCAGCAGUGCAGCUCGAGGCUCUGGAUAUAUUGUCAGACAUGUUGGGAAGCAGAUUAGGAGGAGCCCUUUUCUCUUUCCAUCCCUCCAUCCUCAGCUGUCUCUUGCCCCAACUCACCAGCCCUCGUCUUGCAGUUAGGAAGAGAGCAGUCAUGGCACUGGGCCACCUGGUGCAAACCUGUAAUGGAAACCUGUUCACAGAACUUGUGGAACAUCUGGUGGCAGAAAUGAAAAAGAAUGAAUCCACGUCUACCACUAGAACAUACAUUCAGUGUGUGGCUACUGUAUGCUUGCAAGCAGGACACAGACUGGGACCACAUCUGGAGAGAAUAGUGCCCCUAGUGGUGGGGUUUUGUAAAGUAGAAGAUGAUGAGCUGCAGGAGCAGUGUUUUCAGGCACUGGACUCCUUCAUCAGACGCUGCCCAAAAGAGGUCUCACCUUACGUCCCAACAGUUAUUGAUUUGUGUCUCAAGUAUAUUGCUUAUGAUCCUAACUACAACUAUGAUAGUGAAGAGGAAGAGGAGAUGAUGGAGACAGAAAGCGAGGAAGAACCAGAAAGUGAAGAAGAAUACAGCGAUGAUGAUGACAUGAGCUGGAAAGUGAGACGCUCAGCAGCCAAGUGCCUGGAGACUCUGAUCACAGCCAGACCCGAUCUCCUAUUGGAAUUUUAUAAAACAGCAGCUUCGGCCAUCAUAUUGCGAUUUAAAGAAAGAGAAGAGAAUGUAAAAGCGGAUAUCUUCUCUGCUUACAAUGCCCUGCUGAGGCAGACGCGCUGUUCUCACAGCUGCAGGCAGAAUGUAGAGGUCACUGACAAAGGGGAUAGCCCAUUUAGUGCCCUGCAGAAACAGGUCCCAUUGGUAAUGAAGUCUCUCCAAAAACUCCUCAAAGAUAAAAGCAUCAAGUCUCGUCAAGGAUGUUUUGCAGUUCUCACAGAACUGACCAGUGCACUUCCAGGCUGCCUCUCCCAGCAUAUUCCCGCACUGGUUCCAGGUCUUGUCUUCUCUUUGACGGACAAAGUCAGCAGCUCCAAUAUGCGCCUGGACACACUAAUGUUUCUUCAUGUUAUCCUCAGCUGUCAUCCACCAGAAUGCUUCCAGCCUCACCUUCCCGCCCUCUUACCACCAGUGGUAACCUGUAUUUCUGACCCCUUCUAUAAGAUCACUUCGGAGGCCCUGUUGGUAGCACAACAGUUGGUAAGAGUGAUCCGGCCACUAGACCAGAUCAAGGUUUCUCAGCCUUCGCCCUAUACAAAAGAGCUAUUUAGUGCCACAUUGAAAAGACUACAGGCAACAGAUAUUGACCAGGAGGUUAAGGAAAGGGCUUUGUCUUGCAUGGGUCAUCUCAUAAGUCACCUUGGAGACCAGCUGGGGAAUGAGCUUCCAUCCACUCUCCAGCUCAUCCUUGAACGUCUCCGCAAUGAGAUUACUAGACUGACAGCAGUGAAGGUUCUCACCCUCAUAGCAAGCUCUCCUCUCAAGAUUGACUUACGGCCAUUACUGAAGGAUGCACUGCCCAUUCUUGCCUCUUUCCUACGUAAGAACCAGCGAGCCCUUAGGCUAGGAACAGUAUAUGCCCUCGAGGUGUUGGUGAGGAAUUACAAUGACUGUUUAAAGCCCACCAUGUUGGAACCUGUGCUGGGGGAGCUUCCGUCUCUUCUGGCGGAAUCUGACAUGCAUUUGGCUCAAGUGUCUCUAGAUUUUCUCACUACUUUGGUGUCUGCACAUUCAGCAUCUCUUCCCAAACUCAGUGCACGCAUCCUCCCUCAACUUUUUCAGCUGGUGCAUUCUCCUCUACUCCAAGGGGGUGCUUUGGCCUCCAUUCUUUCCUUCUUGCGAGCACUGGUCACAAGCCACACACCUCACCUUGGAUAUGCUGAUCUUUUUAAGCAACUUACCGGUCCUGUGCACUCCACUGGGCCAACACUUCACAAACAGGCCUUCCAUUCUGUGGCUAAGUGUGUGGCCACUCUAGCUAGUGCCUGCCCUAAGGAAUCUAAUGCUUCCAUUACCCAAUUUAUACAAGAUGCCAAAAAUCCUCGUGUUGGAGACCCAGUGAAGGUGUUAGCAUUCUUGACACUGGCAGAAAUUGGACGUGAGAGAAGCCUUGGCAACCAGCAGAAAGAGCUGAAGAAUGUUAUCCUGGAAGCUUUUGCAUCUCCCAGUGAAGAGGUGAAGUCUGCGGCAUCUUACGCCCUAGGAAAUGCCUGUGUGGGGAGUCCUGCAGAUUUUUUGCCCUUUUUGCUGCAUGAAAUUGGGGGUCAGCUAAGAAGGCAGUAUUUGCUCCUGCACUCACUUAAAGAAGCUCUCACCUGCCUUCCCAGUGAGGAGCUGAGACCAUACCAGGAGGACGUUUGGAAACUGUUGCUAGAGCACUGUGAGGCUGCAGAGGAAGGCACCAGGAACGUGGUUGCUGAAUGUGUGGGAAAGCUGACCCUUGUAAACCCAGAACAACUCCUACCACGACUGUGCAAACAGCUAAGCUCAGGCUCUUCGCAUACUCGCAGCACAGUAGUCACAGCUAUCAAAUUCACCAUAUCUGACCAGCCGACUCCUAUUGACUCCCUCCUGAAGAAUUGCAUUGGAGAUUUCCUGAAACCCCUCCAGGACACAGACCCUAAUGUACGUCGUGUCACUCUGGUCAUGUUUAAUUCAGCUGCUCAUAACAAACCAUCUCUGGUACGGAAACUUCUGAGCAAGGUCCUUCCACCUGUGUAUGAAGAAACUAAAGUGCGCAAAGAACUUAUCAGAGAGGUGGAGAUGGGCCCAUUCAAGCACACAGUGGAUGAUGGGCUAGAUGUGCGGAAGGCAGCGUUUGAGUGUAUGUACACACUGCUGGAGAGCUGUUUGGACCAGCUGGACAUCUAUGAGUAUCUGAACCAUGUGGAGGAUGGCUUGAAAGAUCACUAUGACAUAAGGAUUCUGACCUUUAUCAUCCUAACCCGUUUGGCUACUCUUUGUCCCAGUGCUGUUCUCCAGCGUCUGGACCAACUCAUCGAGCCCCUUCGAAGCACCUGCACCACUAAGGUGAAAGCCGGCUCAGUGAAGCAGGAGUUUGAGAAGCAGGAUGAGCUGAAGCGAUCAGCUAUGAGAACCAUCACUGCUCUGCUCACCAUCCCAGAAGCAGAGAACAGCCGCAGCAUGACAGAGUUCCUGACUCAGAUCAGGGCCAACCCUGAACUCUCAUCCCUGAUGGAGAACAUUCAGAAAGACUCCCUAACGGCCUGCAGCACAGAGAUCAUGGACAUCAGCUAAGGGUUUGACUCUAGCUGCUAUAAACUGAACCAACCCAAUGCACUGCCUAUAAACAGCUACCAAGCCAUUCUGCAGCUAAAACCCCUGCCAAAGCGCCAUACCCAGAGGCAAUGCUGCAUCUUAAGUCUCCAAAAUAUGAAGUAUGUUUGUGCAAUAAAAAAAA